GAAAAGCGGGAAACUUCGAACUGCGACAAUAUUGGCUCACGCGCACACCUUAUUUUAUUUUAUUUUAGUUUUAUUUGAAUUUAAUUUACUUUAAUAUAAUUCACAUAUAUAAAUAAUUCCAUUUUAGGGUUCAAAAUUAACAUCAGCACAGCAGCCAUGGAACAGGUCCGGUCAAGCGCAGCUUGGGUGGCUACCCAUUCCUCUCACGUCGUCGUCGACUCUGCAGGAAUAGAGAGAGCAGUGGAGAAUAUAAAAGAAAUACCGAGAAUAGAAUGGGACUUUGAAGGAAUUCAUUACUUUGAUAACGGUCCACUCACCGUUCAGUACCUUUUUGUUCUGGAUGCUCUGAAUUUCUGCUUUUGGCCUGAUAAGGAUCUGAGCUAUGAUCAUUUGGCUUCAGGCCUAAAGGCAGCUUUGCAAAAUGACAAAUCUGUAUUCAAUGCUGAUCGUCUGCAAAAGUACACAGGUCCUGAAUUACGGAAAUUGUUAAAAUGGCCAAGACCACUUCCCUUGGAGGAUGAACGGAUUCGUCUACUCCACGAGGUUGGCUUUGAACUGGAAAGAAGUUUUGGAGGUAGUGCAGCCAAUCUUGUGGAGUCCUGUGGGAAAUCAGCUGCAAAGCUUGUUGCUACUAUAACCGGUCACUUUCCCGGUUUUCGAGAUCACUCAGUUUAUAAAGGCCACCAAGUAUUCUUGUACAAAAGAGCUCAGAUAUUUGCAGCUGAUCUAUAUGGAGCAUUCAAGGGCAGAGGAUAUGGAGAAUUUAGGGACAUUGGCUCGGUCACUAUAUUUGCUGAUUAUAUUGUUCCAGCUGUGCUUCAGCAACUUGGUGUGCUAAAAUAUAGUUCAACCCUUGCCAGCAUGAUCAAGUCAGAUUCUGUAAUAGUUUCAGGCAGUGAAGAGGAAGUUGAAUUACGAGCAUGCUCCAUAUAUGCUGUGGAGAAAAUGAGGGAUUUGCUACAUGUAAAUACAGGAAAGCAGGUGCUAAGUGUUGAAUUGGAUCUUUGGCUCUGGGCUUUUGGUGUGCGAUGUCCAUCUCUCCAACACCAUCGGACACUAUCUAUAUAUUACUAAAUUAAUGAUAUUCUAGAAUGUUUCUUUAGCAUGAAGGAAAAAGAAAAUUAUCUUCAAAGUUUGGAGGUAAUUUCAUUGGGCAAAUAUGAUAACUAAUCCAUGACAUCCUUUUGUUUUCUUCUCCUUCAAAGGGACAAGACUAUUUUUUGCAGAUUAAACCACUUUUAACAGAUUCUACCUGCCUUGAUGAUUUUGAUAGGAAAAGUAUCUAAUUUGAGAAGGGCUUUCAUUUAUGUUAAGUCAUCAUCCCGAAGAUGCUACGUCUCGUGUGAACAUUAAACUCAUUGGCAGUACUUGGAAAAUUUAUUGGUUUUGCAACCACCACAGGUGGUUUACUAUAUCAUGUGCUUUAUCAAACGUCAUUUGGAGACAAGAGAAAUGGAUUCAUGACCCUGCAAAUCUUUGUCUACCAUAAGUGCCAUCUGAAGUGUUUUAGGUGGUAUCACUAUCAACAGACAAGCCUGGAAUUGUUGAUUAUAUUUUAUACAUGAAGAUGGUAUAAGAUAAUAAACUUUACCUUCUUAUGCAGUUAUGCCUUCUGUACAUUAGAUUUAACCACUCGAUGCUGUUUGAUUAUUAUCAAUUCUUUUCUUCAUGUAAUCCUCUUAUCUUAAGUUUUGUCUUAAAUUUCAGCGGAAAUAGAUUUUCCCUGCUGAUUUAAGUGGGAAACUGUUUUAGUGCUAA